GUUGAACGUUGUUUUGCUGAGCCCUGAUGAAGAUCUGACACUGAGACUGAAGUUACACAUUACAGCAGCAUUAUACUCACUAUGUGUUACUUAAUAGACUGUGCUCCCAACCAUUUUCUUAAUUAGAUCUAGAGUUGAGAAUAAUUAUUCAAAUUAUAUUAUUUAUUUUCUUUUUUUUUUUAGGUGGAAAAGGAACAAAAUCCUUUGUUGAAAGGUGUGUCACAUACAUAGGAGAAAAUGCUAUGGAUUGUGUCAAAACUAAUUCUUUUCUUAAUCUGCCCAAAGAUGCUCUCGUCAAGUUGAUAUCUUCUGACUGCGUUGCAUUAGAAGAAGAAGAUGUUUGGCGAUGUGUGCUAUCCUGGGCUAAGCACCAGGCUGGGGUUACUCAACCUACAGCACAUUGGACUGAGGAAGAGAGGGCUAGGGUUUGUCAGCACCUCCAUGGGGUUAUCAAUCAUGUUAGGCUACUAUUAAUAGAUAGCCAAGUAUUCGCAGAAGAAGUAGAACCUACUGGUGCGGUUCCCAUGGAGCUUUCUCUUGAGAGAUAUCGGUAUGCAGCACUACCUAAUAAGUUCAGAGAAAGUUUAGAAGACAAGCGAUUGCAACCCAGGUUGUCGCUUAAACUUUUUCCAGGCUCACAUAUCCUGGUACAGGAUAAAAUGGGUUAUCAGCGGGUGCUUAAUUCAUGGUACGGACAUUCCAAGCAAGUUUGGCGACUGGUAUACAGGGCGUCAACUCAUGGCUACUCAGCUGACAGCUUUCAUAGGCAUUGUGACAAUGUAGCUCCUACUUAUGUUAUAGUUUUGGGAAGCUGUGGUGAAAUUUGUGGUGGAUUUUCAGAUGUGCCAUGGGGUAAGACAAAUGCAAAAGGGCAUUAUGUUCAGUCAGACCGAGCAUUUCUUUUUACUCUUGCUAAUAAUAAGGAUAUCCCGCCAACUAAAUUUGAUAUUGUCAAAAAGCCAUUUGCAAUAUGUUACCAUCCAGAAUGUGGUCCAAUAUUUGGUGCUGGAGCUGACCUUUUUAUAUCUAGCCAUUGCAAUAACAACAUGGAUUCAUAUUCAAACUUACCACAUUCUUACGAUGGUGAUAAUGCUUCUUCCAGUAUUCUGAUGGGAGAUUAUAAUUUUUCUGUUCUCGACUACGAAGUUUUUACACCUGUUGGUGGGAAAUGACUAUAUGGAUCAUCUCCUAAGCAUAAAAAAGUUCCGUAAUCUUCGAAUUCCUAUCGCAAGUACAAAUGUCUUAUAAAUGAUUUAAGACCAUAUAAUUACUUAUUUAUAUUUUCUUAUGUUGCCAAUAAAUAGUAAAAUGAUAUAGCUAUACAUCAGUAUUCCGUAGCGUUAGGCUGCUCCAAUAGAGCAUUACUGUUUCUGUAAAUACAAUAUGAUAUUAUUAUACGUUGAUUUAACUUAGACUAAGUACUUUUUAUCAGUCAUUUAUAGCAUAGGAAUCAUAUGGCCAUAAAAAUCAAACUAAAAACUUUUUUACAAAGUAUUAUUUGUGUUGUAAAUCAAAAUAUUAGCCAUUUUAAUACUUAAGAACAUCUUAUUAAUAAUCAACUAUUAUUAAAUGUAUAUUUCUUCAUUAUAUUCAGAUUUACAUUUGUUCAGAAAUGUAUUUUAUAAUAGUCAAUUGUUCGAAUGGUGAUAGUGCCAUAAUUUCAUAGUCACUUAAU